AUGAGUAUCAUGGAAUUCACUACCCGUAACCGCACCUUCCUCGUGGAGAAAUACUUGAUUCACUACCUGGCUAACAGGCACAAAGUGGCCGAUCCCAGGCCAAUUCUAGUCAUCGGCAAUUACCAGCUCGAAGAGCUGGCAGAUUUGCAAUCACGCGCAAUUCAGCGUGAGGUCGCACGCGAAGAAUCGAGGAGCCCGUGGCGCGUGCUAUUGCUGAUUUCGAAGCUGCAAUGUCAGGUAUCCCGGACCCUAGCGCUUUCCUCGCGCGCUGGAGGAGACGGUGGAGCCGUCUCCGGCUACGACUGCUACGUCGUAUCGAUGGGGAGAGGUGGAAGACUAGCAAUUCGAUGGGGAGCUAGCCCUCUCGAACGCCAAGCUAACAAAUGGAAAGUGGCCGAACCCCGGCCUAUUCCAGUCCCUAGCAAUGCGCAGCUUGAAGAGCUGGCGCACCUUCAAUACCGGGCCUUACAGCGAGACGCAGAACGCCGUCGGGUCCAUGGGUUUGUUGAUAGGGCCCUUGCCGAUUUGGAAGCGGCCAUGGUAGGGAUUUUGGACUCGGGCCUCCUUACGCGGUGGAUGGGACGCUGGGAGCGUCUUCGGGCACAAAGACUGCGCCGUAUCGAUGAUGAAGAGGAAGAAGACGCUCAAGUUUUACAACAGAUCUGGAGUCAGAUAGUUUAG